AUGAAUUGUUCUGUUCAUGGUGAUGGGCUUCUUAUUAAGUCAUUGGAUAUGCAGUUAGUCGUUUGGAUUAGACUUGUAGAUCAAAAAUUUGGCACAAUAGAAAAUACCUUGGAAGUAUCAAAUUGUUUCUGCAACUACUACCUUCAUCAAAAAUGUCUGAAUGUGGAGCGUUCGAUGGAGCACCCAGCACAUCCCAAACACCCACUCACCCUCCUCCCAAUGCCAACAUACCCACCUGGCGCAUUCCUGUGUAGUGCCUGCAGAGAGGAUGGUAGUUCCUUCAGCUUAAGCUGUGCCCAUUGUGAGUUCGAUCUCCACGUCCAGUGCGCCUCUUUGCCUCAGACUGCUGUCCAUGAAGCCCACCCACUGACCCACACCCUCUAUCUCUCACUUUCAAUCACUCAGACCCAAAGGCUGGUUGUACCUUUGUGUUGAUUGCGAUUUUGGAGCCCACCUGAGUUGUGCAACCUCUGAGGCACAACCACCACCACCACCACCGAAUGAACCAAGAAGCACGGUGGAAGAGUUGCAGAUGACGAUGAAAGAGAUGCUGGAAUUACAGCUUGAGGCUACUAUAUAUCAAUGUCAGAUCAGCAGUGCCGGAAUUUUAGCAGCCAGUUCACCGAAUGAUCUGGGUCUCUCACCCUCAGCUGGUGUACU